AUGUCUUCUCCGUCCAAGCUCGCCAAGUACGGUCUCGAUCUUUCCGAAUCCGAAUCCGAAGAAGACAUGCCUCUGCCGGUCCGACCCGUCCAUCCCAAUGCUCCGUCGAAGAAUGCCCAAAUGAUGCGCGCAAUGUGGGAGGCCCACAAGUCCGAAAAGUCCGAUUCCGAUGAAUCCGAUUCGGAGGAGGAAUCCGAUUUGGAGGAAUCCGAUUCGGAGGAUAAGGAGAACCGGGAGCCGUCGCCAGUUCCACCACCGCCUCCUGCAAGUGCACAACUUCGGUCCGUUCCGAAGCUGCCUAAAACUCCGAUUGCUCCGCCGGCAAUUCCACGUAAACCGUCUCCAGUCCCUCAGGCUCAACUGGUCCCUGUUCCUGCUCCGAAACCAAGUGCUCCUGCCAUCAAAAAGUCCACAACUUCAGCGGCUCCUGCUCCGAAACCAAGUGCUCCUGCCAUCAAAAAGUCCACAACUUCAGCGGCUCCUGCUCCGAAACCAAGUGCUCCUGCCAUCAAAAAGUCCACAACUUCAGCGGCUCCUGCUCCGAAACCAAGUGCUCCUGCCAUCAAAAAGUCCACAACUUCAGCGGCUCCUGCUCCGAAACCAAGUGCUCCUGCCAUCAAAAAGUCCACAACUUCAGCGGCUCCUGCUCCGAAACCAAGUGCUCCUGCCAUCAAAAAGUCCACAACUUCAGCGGCUCCUGCUCCGAAACCAAGUGCUCCUGCCAUCAAAAAGUCCACAACUUCAGCGGCUCCUGCUCCGAAACCAAGUGCUCCUGCCAUCAAAAAGUCCACAACUUCAGCGGCUCCUGCUCCGAAACCAAGUGCUCCUGCCAUCAAAAAAAGUCCACAACUUCAGCGGCUCCUGCUCCGAAACCAAGUGCUCCUGCCAUCAAAAAAAGUCCACAACUUCAGCGGCUCCUGCUCCGAAACCAAGUGCUCCUGCCAUCAAAAAGUCCACAACCUCUGCUGCUGCUGCUCCGAAAACGACGAGGAAACCCCGUGCUCCAGUUCCCGCCAAGGCUCCAGCUACGAACAAACCCCGUGCUCCACGUCAACCGUCCUCUGCUCCAACCACGAAGAAACCCCGUGCUCCACGUCAACCGUCCUCUGCUCCAACCACGAACAAACCUCGUCGCAAGAACCAACGGGACCAGCCGGUGAGCCAGCCGGCACCGUUCGCCUUCGACCCGAGAAUGGCGGCGGUUGCAAUCAAUCGGAAUGUGCACAGACGUCCGGAAGCCACCCUCAAACGGCCCGCCGCCGAGGCAAUCGCCGCACUCGCAAAACGACACAAACUAUAA